AUGGCAGCCUCCAGCCUGGACUUCGGGGAGGUGGAAACUUUUCUGGAUAGGCAUCCAGAGUUGUUGGAAGACUAUUUGAUGCGGAAAGGGAAGCAGGAGCUGGUGGACAAGUGGCUACAAAGGCACAGUCCGGGAGAGGGGGCUUCAGGCCUGAAGCCUGCCCUGGCUGGCACUGGCAGCUUGGCUCAGGGUAGUGGCAGAGGCAGCACUGGGAAUGCUGGUGUUGCUGGACCACAGGGCUCUGCUAACAGCCAUCCCAUGCCCAGUGGUGGGGAAAGUGCUGGGGUUCCCCUGAGCCCCAGCUGGGCCAGUGGCAGCCGGGGCGAUGGGAACCUGCAGCGGAAAGCUUCGCAGAAAGAGCUGCGGAAGAGCUUUGCCCGCUCCAAAGCCAUUCAUGUGAACAGGACCUACGAUGAACAGGUGACCUCCCGGGCCCAGGAGCCCAUGAGCAGUGUCCGGCGGAGAGCCCUGCUCAGGAAGGCCAGCUCUCUGCCACCCACCACAGCCCACAUUCUCAGCGCCCUGCUGGAAUCGAGGGUGAAUCUGCCUCAGUACCCCCCUACGGCCAUCGACUACAAAUGCCACCUCAAAAAGCAUAACGAACGCCAGUUUUUUCUGGAACUGGUGAAGGACAUUUCCAAUGACCUUGACCUCACCAGCCUAAGCUACAAGAUCCUCAUCUUUGUCUGUCUCAUGGUGGACGCUGACCGUUGCUCUCUCUUCUUAGUGGAGGGGGCAGCUGCUGGCAAGAAGAGUUUGGUCUCCAAAUUUUUUGAUGUGCACGCAGGAACCCCACUCCUCCCAUGCAGCAGCACAGAGAACUCAAACGAGGUGCAGGUCCCCUGGGGCAAAGGCAUCAUUGGCUAUGUCGGGGAGCACGGAGAGACAGUCAACAUUCCUGAUGCCUAUCAGGACCGAAGAUUCAAUGACGAGAUCGACAAGCUCACUGGGUACAAGACAAAAUCGCUCCUGUGCAUGCCAAUCCGGAGCAGCGAUGGAGAGAUCAUCGGUGUGGCCCAAGCAAUAAAUAAGAUUCCUGAGGGUGCUCCAUUUACGGACGAUGACGAAAAAGUUAUGCAGAUGUACCUUCCCUUCUGUGGAAUCGCCAUAUCUAAUGCUCAGCUCUUUGCUGCCUCGAGGAAAGAAUACGAAAGAAGCAGGGCUUUGCUAGAGGUAGUCAACGACCUCUUCGAAGAACAGACUGACCUGGAGAAGAUCGUCAAGAAAAUAAUGCACCGGGCCCAAACCCUGUUGAAAUGUGAACGCUGUUCGGUUUUACUUCUAGAAGACAUUGAAUCGCCAGUGGUGAAGUUUACCAAAUCCUUUGAACUGAUGUCCCCAAAGUGCAGCGCCGAUGCUGAGAACAGUUUCAAAGAAAGCAUGGAGAAGUCGUCUUACUCCGACUGGCUGAUAAACAACAGCAUCGCCGAGCUGGUUGCUUCGACAGGCCUUCCUGUGAACGUCAGCGACGCGUACCAGGACCCGCGCUUUGACGCUGAGGCUGACCAGAUAUCUGGUUUUCACAUAAGAUCUGUUCUCUGUGUCCCUAUCUGGAACAGCAACCACCAAAUAAUUGGGGUCGCUCAAGUGCUGAACAGACUCGAUGGGAAACCUUUUGAUGAUGCAGACCAGCGGCUUUUUGAGGCUUUUGUCAUCUUUUGUGGCCUUGGUAUCAACAACACAAUUAUGUACGAUCAAGUGAAGAAGUCCUGGGCCAAGCAGUCUGUGGCUCUUGAUGUGCUGUCGUACCACGCCACGUGUUCCAAGGCCGAAGUCGACAAGUUUAAGGCAGCCAAUAUCCCUCUGGUGUCAGAGCUGGCCAUCGACGACAUUCAUUUUGAUGACUUUUCCCUUGACGUUGACGCCAUGAUCACAGCUGCCCUCCGGAUGUUCAUGGAGCUGGGCAUGGUACAGAAAUUUAAAAUCGACUACGAGACCCUGUGCAGGUGGCUUCUGACAGUGAGGAAGAAUUACCGAAUGGUUCUCUACCACAACUGGAGACAUGCCUUCAAUGUGUGCCAGCUAAUGUUUGCCAUGCUCACCACUGCUGGGUUUCAAGAGAUUCUGACCGAGGUGGAAAUUUUGGCGGUGAUUGUGGGAUGCCUGUGUCAUGACCUCGACCACAGGGGAACCAACAACGCCUUCCAAGCUAAGAGUGACUCUGCGCUGGCCCAGCUCUACGGGACAUCGGCCACCUUAGAGCAUCACCAUUUUAACCACGCUGUGAUGAUCCUUCAGAGUGAGGGUCACAACAUCUUCGCUAAUUUGUCCUCCAAGGAAUACAGUGACCUCAUGCAGCUUCUGAAGCAGUCGAUACUAGCCACCGACCUCACGCUGUACUUUGAGAGAAGAACUGAGUUCUUUGAGCUUGUCAGCAAAGGAGACUACGAUUGGAACAUCAAAAGCCACCGUGAUGUGUUUCGAUCAAUGUUAAUGACAGCCUGUGACCUUGGAGCCGUGACCAAACCGUGGGAGAUCUCCAGACAGGUGGCUGAACUUGUAACCAGCGAGUUCUUUGAACAAGGAGAUCGGGAGAGGUCGGAACUCAAGCUCACUCCCUCGGCUAUUUUUGACCGGAACCGGAAAGACGAACUGCCUCGCUUGCAGCUGGAGUGGAUUGACAGCAUCUGCAUGCCUUUGUAUCAGGCCUUGGUGAAGGUCAACGCCAAACUGAAGCCAAUGCUGGAUUCAGUGGCUGCCAACCGAAGGAAGUGGGAAGAGUUACAUCAGAAAAGACUGCAGGUCUCCGCUGCCUCCCCAGUCCCUGCGAGUCUCACCGUGGCGACGGGCGAGGAUAGGAUGUAAAGCACCCAGAGCCUCUGUGCGACACUGCGGCCUGGAGGGUCCUCUGCAGCCUGAAGGAUCCGCUGCAGCAGCCGCAUCUUUCCGCUCAGGCAGUCCAAAAGUGCAGACUGUAUAGACCGGACCCGGAAGCGCACCCGGAAGUGUGCUUGGUGGCAGAGGACUGGAAGGAUGAAAGACAGAGGCCGGCAGAGAGCUUGACCCUCCACUUCCCAUGAUGAACCCACACUGCUGGAUUUGGAUCCAUGAGCCUGAGGGCUAUCAGCCCCACUCGUUCAGAGUUGAGGGGGACACCGUGGUAAAAGUGUCGCUAACACUGCUUCACGUAUGGCAUUUUCCUGUCAUGAGCACGUCCCUUCUUGGCAGGUCUUUGUUCCAGACAGUCCCAAGAAUCCAGAUUUGCAUCUUAGGUGUUUUAUUUCUGAUGUGACUGUUUCUUAGUGAUGCACCAGACCGUUGGUCUUGUUUGCCUGUUGGAUGAGUCUCCCUCCCCCUUAUGAGUACCAACUAACCCCAAUCUUUUCAAAGGGUCCUCAGUAGGAACGCAGUGAGCUUGCUAAUUGGAGGGUUACAGAAUCUAUAACCCUGGCAGUGAGAUCACAGUUUUUUUUUUUUCAGUGUUUGAAUUCAGCCUUCAUUGUAGACCAGGCCUUUUCCUAAGAAGAAUAGAUUAAUAAAUUUAUUCAAGCAAAGGGGAAGAGUAAUUUACAGUCACGUGUACCACAGGUGACCUGUGAACACUAGAACUACUUCCAAGAGAGAGAGAGAGAGAGAGAGAGAGAUUUUACAAGCGCAGAGGACCCCUGAGACUGAGGACGGACUAGCCUGAGGUGAAAAAGUUUGGGGAUAAAAUUUAAGGUACCUCAAUUUUAUAUUUUUCCUUAAGUGAAAAAAAGAAUAUUCUAGAAAGGCCAGGUAAUAACAUCUACACAACCUAUAUCCUCUAGGUAGUCAGGCCUCUAACGGGUGAAAAAAACUGCUUUAAAUGGAUGUGGUGUCUACUAAGCUGCUUUGAUGCCCAUGUCACCCAAGACACUUGUGGAGAGGGUCCAUCUUCACCGAAAAGCACUGGCCUUGCUGUCCUUAAUUUUGCAUCCUCAACUGGGUGGCUUUGGACAGGUUUCUCUGCUGCCCAAACUGAAAUUACCCUAGUAGCUUACUUGCAGAAGUCUUAACCUUAAAAUCGUUUGUGCAACAAACUUUCAAGGACUCCCCAGGACAGAAGAUAGCAGGUCUUGGGGGUCCAGCGCCUAUAGGUCCAGGAGGUCCAGAGCCCACAGGUCCAGGGGGUUCAGAGCUCACAGGGCUUGAGGGUCUAGAGUCCACACAAAUCAUCGUCUCUUUGUUCACGUAAUGGUGCUCCAGAGAGAGACUCUGAGCACUCUGAAAAUCCCCGCAGAUGUGAAACCUGAGAGCCAGCCCAGCUCUAAACAAUCAAACAUUUACAAAACAUUUUUCCUUACUUUUACUGACCAGUAUCAGUUAUUAUCAAAAAAUAGUGGUCAGAUGUUUGAAGCUGGGGAUGGGGUGUCCUAAAAAUGAAGGUACCAAACAGGGAGUGGGAUGAUCUGGAAAUCACCAUGAGGAAGGCAGCUUUGUUAUGGCAAGAAACACAAUAAAAUAAACGGGGCAAAGUGUGGGGCUAGAAGAUAGGGACUAAGGUAGAGAGAUGGCUAAGAUAAUGGCUAAGGGGUGAAAGUCAAUCCAAACAAAGAAAAAAGGCAAUUACAGUUCCCCCACUCUCCCAAAUGAGGGUACAGAAUCAUGGCAUCAAUUGAGCAGGAAAGAGAGACAAUUACACAGGGAGAAUCUUGACAAAGGAGAAAAGGAAGGGCUGGGCGCACUAAGAAACAAUGUUGCUAGCUGCCCUUCACAUCUGUGUCUGCAGGGAAGGCUGGGGGAGGGGGGGGACACACGAGCGCAGAAAAAAAAAAUGCUUCUGCAGAGCAGGUAAGAGGAGGCUGUGCAGAUUUAUGGAUUUUAUUAAGCCAGUUUUCUGAAUCACUCUGCUAUAAAGGCAAAUAGCUUCUGCAGCGCUGUCUCCCUCCUUCAGGUGAGGAACAAAGGAUGGGUGGAGUUAGGAAGAGACCCUAGUCUGCAGGAUCGUGUGCAGGUGCUUCUGGGUACCGCACCACAUCAUCCCAUACGUUUCUGUCUUAGACAGGAAUGAAGAAGCAGUCCACAUGAGGCUGCGGUGAGCCCACAUCUGUUACCCGUCCUAACAAUAAAUAACCAGGAAAACGGACGCCAGUCCACCCAAAGCAGACAGUUUCAAGCAUGUGCUUUCUGAUACAACUGGACCCAGUGUCUUCCAGAGGCUGCUGGCAGCAGCGAGACAGCAGCCUCCCUCCUCCCUGAAUGUUGAUGCUACAUAUUGCUGAGGGGGACAUAAUUUAUAGCACAAACCCUACGGCUUCCUCUAAGGUUGAGUUUUCCUCUCAUCUUGCCUUUUUAUUGGCUUCACUGCACGGUUGCCAAUAGCAACAUCCAUCGGUAGCAAAGGGAGUUCAACAGCAUUGCAAUCUGCCAGACAGUGGAGCCCUGACAAUGUCAACCAUCAAUCAAAUGGUUGCUUGUAAUUGCCUCCAUCUAUUUCUCCUGUCUCAAGGUAUCUGUCCUAUUGUGGGUCAAGAUUCAGAAACUGCUGACUAAUGUCUGGGGUCUGCUCCUCCAUGACUGUGGAGAACUGGGAGAGAUGGUGGUAGCCAAACCCUAGAGGUCAAAGGUUGGGAUUUUUAAAGCCCUUGUAAAACGAUUUCUUUCCCAUGACCGUGAGUUAUGUGGGAUCCUAGACUCUGUUUCCAACGCACAGAAUGAGGAAACGUAUCAAUCCUUAUUCUUCACUGUUGUUUCCUGUUGGAAAAAGGCAUUUGAAAUGUGAGCCCUCUUCAAAGGAAAAAAAAACUCAGACAAGAUUGUCUGCUUCCUCAGGUCUCUUGGCACGAACAGCUGAGGUGACUCCAUCCUCCUUUUGUAUGAGAUGUAUUUUUUCAGAAACUCUAUUUAUCCAUGUUAGUGAGCGUGUAGCUACUGCGUGCACAGCCCACAGCACAGCUGGUGAUAGCGGUGGGGUGAGUGCAUCUUGGCAAACCACCAAGGGGACCCACCAGUCCACAGCGGACCGGGUUCCCUCCUCGCUGGCUGCCAAUGGGCCUACUAUCUGGGGACCCUGCGGCACUUCAGGUUUCUGUCUGUUAAAUAAAAGCACCAGAUUUUAUUCAGUUUCUGCAUCCAGGGACCAAGCUAUGCUGUGCUUUGCUUUGGAAACUUCAUCCAAGUCAUUCUCUUCUUUCUGCUUCUCAAAUAAAAUAGAAGCAAACCCGAGAGAGUCAUCGUCUCACCGAAGACAGGGUAAACAUUUACACAGAGAGGGAGUGGACCCCAAAACAACCUUCCUACAAA